AUGUCCGGUUUCGAAGUGGCAGGCAUCGUUCUGGGCGCCAUCCCGAUCGCCAUCGAGGCUCUGGAACGAUAUAGUGAGGUUGGCAAGCGCCUCGGCUUCUGGUACAAGAUCCGGUUUGAGUACCAGAAGAGCAGUGAUCACUUGACUUUCUUUCAGGUUGCGUACAAGCGGCACCUGAAGUUCCUCUUAUUGCCACUUGUAGUGGACAAUGACAAGGUCGAGGAACUCCUAUCUAAACCGGAAGGGGAGGGUUGGAAGGACCCGGCAGUUGCAAACCUUCUCGAAGCUCGCCUUGCCGAGUCAUAUGAGCUGUACCUAAGGCAUAUGACAGCCAUCGCCGGAGUCAUGGAGAAACUGAAUCAUGAGCUCGCUGUUGACAAGAAUAGCGUUCAAAGUCGCAUCAAAACCUCGAAAGGGACCAAGGAAGCCCGAGUCAAACAAGCGGCGAGUCAGGACAGAUUGGAGUAUCAUCUCUACAGAAUCAAAUUUUGCAACGGAGAAAGUGUGCGAAAAGAGCUCUUCAAAGAGCUCGAAGAUCUGCUUAGCAGAAUGAAAGAUCUGCUAGAUACGAGCGAUAAAGAGACACUACUUGUGGGUAAGAGGGCGACAGCAGCCAAGAACUCGGCUAUAGACACCGCCAUCUGUCGCUUCUUCGUCCAUGCCAACAAGCUCUUCCACGCUCUCGCUUCGGCUUGGAACUGCUGUUGUCAGCAGCAGCAUUGCGUCCAACUACUACUACAGCACCGCACAGACAAGAAGUCAGAGUUCGAAGUGGUCUUCGCCAAGUCUCUGCCGUCGAGUUGGGAAGUUCUCCAAACUCGAAUAGUGGAAGGAAACCUCGUUUCAACCGCCGAGCAGCCUCCUCAGGCAAAGAAAUCGAGUCCGAUGGCUACUCUGCCGCCAUCAGAUCCAAAAGGAAAACAGCCCCUCAAGUCAGCAUUGCGGACGACAGGCCAGCAACACAUAUUGGAAACGGGAAGAGCUGCGCCCUCUAUCACCUUUAUGGCUACGGGCACUCCUUGCGGACGUCCUGAAGAUGCAACCGCCUUACCAAUCAAAAGCCUAUGUAUCUCCCUUGACAAGGGUAGUGAACCGUGCUGUGGCUUCAUACCCGAGGAAGACUGUCGCUACUACGUCUACAAGGUAUCCCACCGGCAAAUGAAAAGCCUCACAUCCGUGACCCUAGAUGAGAUUCUACAUGGCCAUGUAGAGCCCUCCCCGACUCGCCGACAACGCUAUUCACUUGCUCUGGUUCUUUCCUCUUCGUUUCUCCAGCUGUUGGAUACUCCUUGGCUUCCAGCUACCUGGUCGAAGUCCGAUAUAGCAUUCAGCAACUCUGGCGGUGAUUCGAGUAUAUUCGCCUUGGACCAGCCACAUCUCAGCCGCCGUCUAGAAGCCCCAGAAACGAGCGAGAGCAAGGCAGCCACGUUCCUCCAGUCCCUCGAUCUCCUUGGCAUAGUUCUACUGGAGCUUUGCUUUGGCACGGUGCUCGAGAGCCGGGCGUGCCGGAAAAGAUGGCCGAGCGGCAACAACGAAAAGGAAAGGAUGGCCUUUGAUUUCAUGGCUGCGAGGGAGUGGCAACUCGAAGUUAAUGAAGAGGCAGGCCCCGACUUUGCCGAAGCCGUAGCAUGGUGCCUAGGGGGCAAUCGCAGUACGCCGCCUGAAGUCUGGAGACGAGAGAUGCUACAGAGGGUCGUGCGGCCUCUUGAACGGUGCAGGCAGAUUCUGAUUGAUGGGGCUGGUACAAGUUGA